AUGGCCAACGGCGAAUUCAUCGCGUACGGCAUCGCGUCCUCUGUUUGUGCACUUUUCAUUCUUGAAUUCGGAGCCGACAAUUUUAUCGACCACACCGCCAUCGUUGCUGAACAUAUGGGGAUUUUUCAGAGUGUCAUGGGAUUGCUGACUGCCAGCGCCGAAUGGGAAGAGCUCGCCGUUGUCGUGGUCUUCAUAGCUCGCCAUCGCUCCUCACUGGCGGUCCCCAACAUCGUCGGGUCCUCGAUAUCCAACAUCCUAGGUGCCUUCUCCCUCGGUCUCAUAUUCCACAAGGACGAAGGCCAGAUUAUCUUCGACGGAAGCUCAAAUAUCUACACUUUACUGUUACUCCUCCUGACUAUACUGGUUGCCGGGUUGGGCGAAUUCGCGACCACGACACGUGGAGAGUGGUUGGAGGAACGCAUGACUGCACCGGAGCAGCUGUCCGAUGGUGACAGUGACAGUGACAGUGACGGCGACAACGAGAACAGCACGAGUGAGGAAGGAGAUCGUCCCACUUCCCACGAUAAUGCCAACGCUUCCAUCGAGGGGACGAUACGCCCCAUACGAAGCGCCGCCCGUACAGUAAUGCACGAAUCUUCUACGAGUGCGAGUAUCGGCGGUCCAGUCCAAUCCACCACCGUCGUCGUCGUCGGUUCAGACGACCGAUCAUCCGACCACUCCACAUCAGCCUCGAACUUGUUGGUAGAGGAACCGCAGACAACGCUCUCCUCGGUGUCCAGCGGCAACCACAAUGACAGGCACAGCGUCACGUAUCACGUUGGCUUCCUCGUGCUCGGCCUUCUCGCCAUCCUCCUCAGCAGCUACGUCCUCUCCCACGCGGCGUCCAACCUGGUCGACGAGAUCGGCAUCUCCGACGUCCUCUUCGGCGUCGUCGUACUCUCCGUGGCCACGACGUUGCCGGGAAAGUUCGUCGCCGUCAUGAGCGGAUCCCGGGGCCACGCCGGCAUCUUGGUCGCCAACACGGUGGCAAGCAACAUCUUCCUCCUGAGCCUGUGCAUGGGCGCCCUGUGGGUCAGCACCGGGGGUGCGUUCGAUCAAGGUUCCGUCAACGCCUCGGAGCUGGGGACCAUGUUUGCCUCCACGCUGGCCUUGACGUUCACCGUGUGGUUCGGAGCACGGUGGAGCCGAUGCUUGGGCGUCACCAUGCUGCUUGCGUACGUCGCGUUCUUGGUGUUGGAAGUCACCGUCGUCUAUAAAGUGUGA